AUGCGAGGUGAACAUUGUAUUGCGGGAGCUUCGGUCCUUUCAGCUGUAGCUAUUGUCCUUUUGGUCUUCGCUCAUAUUGGUCAAAUUGGCUCGGGAGCUUUGGUCAAUUCCAUUCAUAUGAUGGAAGUUAACGUAGCUGCCUACGGAAAUGGAUAUCAAGGAGCUACCAAUAAAUCCGCGAGCGGAUUAUACGAUUCCAAGAAUGAUAAACUUGGUUCUGAAAAAGGUUUAAGACAAUAUUAUAGAUAUGGUCUUUACAAUGCGUGCGCAUACCAAAAAGAUGGAUCAGGAAUAUGUAAUUCAUCAACAUUCGCUUAUCCAGCAGCCCCUUUAUCCAAUAUCGUUUCAGAUACACCAUCGAAAUUCCAAACUGAAUUAAAAGAUAUAAUCAAAGCUAUUACACCUAGUCCUACAUUCCAAGAUGACGCUUAUAAUCGUGGAAUGACACGAGGUGGAAGUGCUAUGAUCUUCUGCGGUUCUGUCCUUGCUGCCGCAGCUUUAAUCUUUGGUAUAUUCAAGAUUCGAAUCUUCUUCUUGGUAGCUGCUAUUUGUUCUGGAUUGGGAGCUUUCCUCUUGAUGAUUGGAGCAGCUCUUUGGACAGCAGUGAUUGCAAAAGACAAUUUCGUAAAUAUCGUCAAAGUGAAAAAUGGAAAUUCCUUAGGUAUAAUCGUUCAUGCUGGUCCAUCACUCUAUCUCGUUUGGGUAGCUUUCGCUUUGGUCACUUUAUCUUGCGCACCUUACGUUAUAGCUUGUUGCACCUAUCGAAAGUAG